AUGCAACGCCUGGGACACCCUCGAAUGCUCGGCCGGCAAUGGGCCACAUCUCAACACCCCAUUCACCAAAUCAUAAGACACCACGUCGGUGGCAGAAACACAUGGCGUGGACGCGAUCCCACCCUCGGACGUGCAGACAUUCCAACAUACACUGUCAAUCGCUUGCUUCUUGAUCUCGACGCCGAAGAUGCCGAGCACGUCAGGCCGUACGACCCAGAUAUUGAUGGCAAACCCGAAAACCGCCAUGCCAAGAGAAUUCGCAUGGGUGCACAAGCAGAUGGCCGAAUCGAAAUAUUCUUCGGCUAUGCCAAAAAACGAGACCGAACUUUCUACAAUACGUGUAGGAGUCGAGCAGUCGAAUGGUAUAUAAACGACUUGGUUAUAAUUUCCACUCUACUUGGUGGUCGCGCGCAAAAUCAUCAAUCAUUAGACCAGGAAUCUUCAGAUACAACAGAUGGCCGUAGUAGUCAGUCUGUCAACAACACACUACACGGCAUAAGCGACGAGGGAAUGGAGAUGAAUGGAAUCCCUCGAACUGCCAACAAUUUCAACUUGAUUUCAUACAUGUUGCAUCGACAGAAGCAAACGCUUGAUUCCCAUAGCACUCUGCACGAUUUCACAAAGGGCAUGUCCAGAAAAGUUAUGCAUGACAUGAUCUGGAAGAGCAACAGCGUAAUGGAGAUCAAGAGGCCGCUCUUCUUCAUAGCCAACACUGUGUAUGGCAGUGAACUCGUGUCCAAACAGAGUCGGCAACUCGCCGAAACGUGCUCAAGAGUAGUGGGAGAUUGCCAAGAUGUCUCAGAAAUGGACAAGUCGACAGCUCUGGAAAUGCUCAAGCUGUGCAACGACUUGGUCCUGCAUCUCUUGAAAGAGAAAUUGCCAAUAGAUCAACAAUUAUGGUGCUUGGGGUUUGAGUUGGCAGUGCGUUUGUCGGCCUUCCCAGCGGCACGUAUGUAUUUGGAAACUGGGUUGAGGCUUGGGGAGCAGAACUUACAUGGCACGAAUUUUCUGCUGAGGCCUCUGCAAGCACUUCUGAGGUCCAUGGAGUCGUCUCCUUCGGGACACCAUGCUGCAAUUUUCGGCCUGCUAACAGGACAAGAUUUGAGCGGGCAUCAAUCCCCAUUCUCUGUUCAAAGUAUGAUCGAAUCUAUUAAGCCAUCAGACCCUGCCAUUUACCAAACCUACAUACACAUUCUGGGUGAACUGGGGGCUCUGAGGACUUUAUGGCAUUUGUUCCAUCAGUUGCCACGACUCUUAGACACGAGGAACGAUGGGACAAGUCAGAUUGUACCUGACCUGAAAGAAUUCAAUGACCAAUUCGUCUACGCGUUUCUAAGAAGUUCUCGACAUGUUGGAAACAAUCGGAUUUCGGUCAGAGACAUGCGACUGGCAGAGACUACGGGCAACUACAUUCAUGAUUGUGAACUGGAUCUCCAAACUAUCUUUCGAUCCUUUAGAUCGGAAUCACGGGCAAAGCGAUCAGAAUCCUCUGAGAUAUCGACGUCGUCGGAGAUGAAGAAGGCGAUAUCAGACACGUUCCGCGUUACUGACAUCGCGUUUUCGAUGCAAGUGUUUCUUUCAUUGAUAAGGACGGCGGCUAGGGCGGGAACGGGUAUACGGACAAAUGAGAAGACCGAGCCAUGA